AUGCCAAGCCCGUUGCGAAGGCCUGUGCAUGACGGGGUCCGUCUCGGCACCAUAUCCCGUGUCGAUCACCAGACCCUGGAUUCAGACGCCGCUGUCAGCGUCAAUUCAGUGGAAAAUGGGGAACCCCAACGGCCAACGUUGAUCCCGGGAUGGGGCAGUCCCGGUACUACCCAUAGCACCCCGCUCGUAGCAUCAUCCACAGCCCGAGCUAGUGGUGACACCUCGAGCAGUGGGACCUCGACUCCAACGUCCCUGAGCCCGCCGCCGCCUCCACAUCUUCCCCUCCUCCAGGAUGAGAAGCCCCGGUAUGUACGACGACCGCCCGGGCUAAUAAAGACCUUGUCCAAAAAGAUCAUGUUCUGUUCAGCCUGGGUCUUCGUCAUUGGCUUCCUGUGCGUCUGCCUAUACAAUUACCGAUAUAACGCCAACGGCCUUAUCCCCUCGUUUGCUCCCUCGGACGUAGGCGUUCCCUCCAAGGAAAAGGGCACCCCGAGUAGUACCACCCAACACGGCAACUACGGCGACUCGAAUGAUAAUGGCAAGGCAAAUAGUAGUGAUAGCACAGAGGCAAUAGUUUCAUAUGUCGACCCGGAUCUCGAGCUAGGUCUUUCGUCCGCAUCUUCUCCAUCGGUCCCAACUCCGACAUCUCAGACUGCAGACACCAAGGACACGUCGUAUUCCCCAUCCACCACCUUGAUGACCGCAACCAUUACUAUGACCAACGAAAGGCUGCCCGGCGCCACAGCCACAUCACCCGCAGUCACCUUGCGCCAAGGCCGGUACAUUGGCGUCCACUUUUCUGUCGACUACCGCUUCCCCAAGGCUAUUGAGGCCUUUCGCGGCGUUCCCUUUGCUCAGACCACCGGAGGGGAGAACCGCUUCCAGCCACCCAAGGCACUACCGGACUCCGAUCAGACGUUCCAGGCUGUCAAGUUCGGCGAGAAUUGUCCUAUAGGAGGGACGGUAGGCAACGGGUUUGGAGAAAACUGCUUGAAUGCCAAUAUCUACAGGCCGGCUGGUCUGGUUGAUGACGAUGGACUAAAAAUAGGGGACAGCAACAAGCGCCCGGCGUUGCUGCCCGUGGUUGUCUACAUCCAUGGAGGUGCCUUCAACGGAGGUAUGGGCGCUGAACGCAACAUGGCGAGCUUCGUUUCCUGGGCCGAUGCACCUAUGAUAGGCAUUAAUUUCAAUUAUCGUGUCGGUGCCUUGGGGUUCCUCCCAUCAGCAUUGACGGCCAAGGAAGGGUUGCUAAAUCUGGGGUUAAGGGAUCAGACUAUGUUGUUGGAAUGGGUGAGGGAAAAUGUAAAGGCCUUUGGAGGUGAUCCGGAUAAUGUCACGAUCAUGGGACUCAGCGCUGGUGCGCAUUCGAUCGGGCACCAUAUCAUGUACUACGCCCGAAAGGAGAAUCCGGCACCCUUUCACAGAGCCAUCCUGGAGUCCGGCGCAACUACUGCUAGAGCUGUCCUCCUCCCAAACCACCCUCGUCACCUGGUCCAAUUUCGAGAAUUCCUCGCGGCUGCAGGCGUGGACGGAUUACCGGAUGAUCAGAUCUUUGAUCAUCUUCGCAAGCUUCCGCUCGAAACCAUAGUCAGAGCCUCCAAGAAAGUCUGGGACCGCUACGAACCCAGCGUCACAUGGCCCUUCCAACCCGUCAUCGACGGGCUUCACGACCAACAACAAGCCAUCAGCAACAACAACAGCGAGGCCACCCCCGUCCUAAUCCCCGACCUCCCCAUCACCUCCUGGCGCCAAGGCAAGCACCUCCGCAUUCCCGUCUUAACCGGCUUCAACACCAAUGAAGGCGCCAUGUUCAUCCCCAGGCAAGCCAACACAAACGACGACUUCCGCUCCUUUUUCAAAACCCUCAUCCCCACCCUCACCGACGCCGACCUCGCCGCCCUCGAGCACCUUUACCCGGACCCCGUGACAAACCCCCACAGCAGCAACAACCCGUACCGCUCCGUGCCCGCCGGCAUGGGAGCUCAGUGGGCCCGUCUCGACGCCGCUUACAGCCACUACGCCUACAUUUGUCCAGUGCUGCAAACAGCGCACUUUAUGAGCCAGGCGGGAUUGCCGGUUUAUGUCUAUAGGUUCGCGGCUAGGGGAAACUGGGACGUGGCGAAUCACGCGGAUGAGGCACUUGUGGUGUCGCAUGAUAUGGAUUUUUUGAGGUCAUUUGGACCGCCGCGACGGAGCAAGGGGUUGAGAAAGGUGGCAGAUGGGAUGAAUGCUGCUUGGGGAAGGUUUAGUAGUGGGGAGAAGGUUAUUGAGGUUGAGACGGAUGGGAAGAAGGGUAGUGGGAAGAGGGUGGUGUGGCCGUUGUUUAGGACGCCUUUUGGGGAUGGUGAUUCGGAACUAGACCGCGGCGGCGCUGGGCACAAGACUGCGGAGAGAAAUACAGAAAGAGGGUGGUCAUCAUCAUCAUCAUCAUUGUGGAAACAGAGCAGCAGUGGUAAUGACGAUGUAAAGCCGCCAGAGGGGACGGGCAGGAUGAUUGUCUUUGGAGAAGGGAACAACGAGCGGGCAGGUGGUAGUAGCCCUGGUACGCCGGCCAAGGAAGAGGUUCUCAAUGAGAUCUUGCUGAAGGCUUGCCGGUUUUGGUGGGAUCGGAUAGAGUUAAGUGAGGGCUUGGGUAUACGUCGUGAAGAGAUGGGAAGGUCUGGUAAAGGUACGAAGGCCAGGCUAUGACUUGGGGGUUGACGAUAUGUGUAGAAUGCUGAAGGCGAGUCUUCUAUCUGCGGCUUACAAGUAUCAUUAUGACCGAAAUUACAAGGCAUAAAACUGUGUGGUGUAUAGUGCAGGAUGGGCUUGCUCAUGUUAGGUACUUACGUUAUGAGUAAUGGUUAAGAACAAGGAGGUUAGAUGGAUAUCGGAUAGGCAAAUCCUCGUUUUUUU